GUGACACUCGUCACAUUAUUACAAAGUCUGUAUUUAUUUGCGCACUUUUUUAGAAUAUUUUGACAGUCAUUCAGGACCUUUCACUGCACAGUAGUGGAAUUAGAGGUGAACAAUAGGUAGAUGAGAGAUGUUGUGCUGCCAUUGUGUAAUAGGAGGUGAACAGUUUGCUGGCAUUUUCCAGAGCUGAAUGAAACCCAUUUUACAGGGGGCACUGGGUCUGUGUAUCCCACAACACACAGCAGUCGGUUUGCUCCAGUGUUAAAUCUGAAGAGACGUUACGGUUGAAGGAAAAAGUGGAGACCCACAACGCGCAGCGGCAAACAAGGACCUGGCCCGCUCUCCUCCAGUUCCUCCCUUCAAGUAUCGCUCGCACUCUCCAGUCGACCGUGGAGCGGUGGAGUGAGAUGCACCCACAGCGCCCGCUGCCCCAGGCCAUGCCCUCCUCAAUGGGCCAAAACCUGAGAGAUGCAGCUCUGAGGAUGGGCCACGGCAGGAAAUUGCUGGGAGGGAAUGUGGCUUUUGGAGUUAUCCAGUCUCUUAAAGAGUGCCUCUACUUCCUGCUCUGCUGCUGGUGCAUCAAAGAGAUGCUGGACUAAGAGAAAGAGCGUUUGAGCAGGUGGAUGAUUGAUCACAGAUGUGUUGAUGCUUUGACCUGAAUCCAGAUCUCUUCACACACAGGCAGAAACUCGUGCCUCACAAGUCUCUGGCACUCUAGAGCACGCAGGCGAUCACAUCCCUGUCGACAUGCUGGUGGUAUUCAAACAUGUUUUAACUGACACCGUUUGAGAAACUUGUGCAAUAAAUGAAAAAUAAAAAAAAAACAUUGUGUAA